UCUCUUACUGUCUUCUUGAAUCUAACCCUCUAAAUAAAUAUUAUUUAUCUAUUAUUUAUAAUAAAAAAAAAAUAAAUAAUAGGUAUUCAUAAUUUUUGUAUGAAAAUAAAAUAGAUCAAUCAUGGGAAUUUUAGGAUUAUCAAAAAUUAUUGCAGAUUUGGCUCCAAAUGCCAUAAAAGAGAGUGAAUUAAAAAAUUAUUUUGGUAGAAAAAUUGCUAUUGAUGCUUCUAUGUGUCUUUAUCAAUUUUUAAUUGCUGUCAGAUCAGAAGGAGCUCAAUUGACAUCAACUGAUGGUGAAACAACCAGUCAUCUUAUGGGAACUUUCUACAGAACAAUACGUCUUGUUGAUAAUGGUGUAAAACCAGUAUAUGUUUUUGAUGGUAAACCUCCAAAUUUAAAAGGUGGUGAAUUAGCUAAACGUGCUGAACGAAGAGAUGAAGCACAAAAAGCACUUGCUGCUGCUGAAGAAGCUGGAAAUGCUGAAGAUAUUGAUAAAUUUAACAGACGACUUGUCAAAGUAACACCAGAACAUGUUAAGGAAGCUAAACAGCUUUUAAAAUUAAUGGGAAUUCCUUAUGUUGAGGCACCAUGUGAAGCUGAAGCUCAAUGUGCAGCUCUUGUUAAAGGUGGUAAAGUUUAUGCAGCUGCAACUGAGGAUAUGGAUGCAUUGACAUUUGGAAGCACUGUUCUUCUUCGUCGUUUAACAAUGAGUGAAGCAAGAAAAUUACCAGUUCAAGAAUUUCAUCUUGAUAAAGUUUUAGCAGACAUGGAACUCACUAAAGAAGAAUUUAUCGAUUUUUGUAUAUUACUUGGUUGUGAUUAUACUGGAUCAAUCAAAGGAAUUGGACCAAAACGAGCAAUUGAACUUAUUAAAACUCAUAAAUCAUUGGAGAAAAUUCUUGAAAAUAUUGAUCAAAAAAAAUAUCCAGCACCAGAAGAUUGGAAUUACAAAGAAGCUAGAGCAUUGUUUAUUGAACCAGAUGUUGCAGAUCCAAAGGAUAUCGAUUUAAAAUGGACUGAACCUGAUGAAGAAGGAUUAGUUAAAUUUCUUUGUGGUGAUAAAAAUUUUAAUGAAGAUAGAAUACGUAAUGGAGCUAAAAAACUUGCCAAAGCAAGAACCACAUCAACACAAGGUCGUCUUGAUGGUUUUUUCAAAGUAUUAUCAACAACACCAUCAACAAAACGUAAAGCUGAAGAAAAAAAAGGACCAGCUAAAAGAGGAAGAGGUGCUGGAUCUGGUAAAUUUCGUGGCAAAGCCAAGUAAAUUUUAUUAAACAUCAACUAAUUGAAAAAUAAAAUUUAGCAGU